CUGAAAACUUGCUGUGGAGAAGCCCGCCAACCUGGCUAGAAGCUUCCCCCGCAUGUUUUACCCCCUGUCAUGAUAAUGGCAAUGGGUAAUAAUAAUAACUAACUAGUAGUCUGAUAGUAAAUACGUAGUCUGUAGAACCCCUCCGAAACACUAAUCAUGCCGAAGAAACAAAGACGCACUUCGGCAACAGAGAAGUUUAAAAGAUCAAAAUCCCACGCAGAUGAUGCCUUUUUACCCGCUAUAAUAAUAGUUUUGCUAAAAUACCUAAAACCUCUUCCCUCGCGUCUCUUCUUCUAUUCUUAUUGAACGACCACCGCUCGAACUAUUGAAAGUAUUGCAAACAGAACGAAUCCCGUCACCAGCCCUGAUAUCCCUAUCCUCCUACUGACCGACUGCCAGUAACCUGCCUAUACACCCCUCAGCAAAAACAUCAUGGCCCCCCGUCUAGAGGGCAAGGUUGCCAUCGUCACCGGUGGUGGCUCCGGAUUUGGAGCCGCAAUUGCCAGACGCUAUGCGCAGGAGGCGCCAAGAUGGUCGUUGGCGAUAUCAACGGUAACCAAAGGCCUCGCCGCCGAAUACGGCCCGCACCAGAUCCGCGUCAACAACGUCUGCCCCUUACUUUCGGGCACGGGCCUGUUCGAGAUGUUCGUUGGCGUGCCGGAUACGCCGGAGAACAGGGCGCAGUUCAUCUCCAACGUGCCGCUGGGCCGUCUGACGGAGCCGGACGACGUGGCGAAUAUGUGUUUGUAUCUGGGCAGUGAGGAAGGGGCGUUUAUUAAUGGGACGGAUAUGAUUGUGGAUGGGGGGAAGUGUAUUUAGAUUGGGGGGGUUCAAUUUGACUACUUUUUGCUUUUUAGAGAUAGAGAUUAGAGAUAGGAUAGAGAUGGGGUGGUUUUUUUCAUAGGGUUGGGGAUGGGAUGGGAGAGCUUUUUGAGCUAUUAGAGAACUAUGACCUCUGGUUUGAGCUGUUUGCCUGUUUUUAUUCAAUUCAGGUGACGUUUAGGCGUGCUGGGUGACCUUUCCAAGGUGUACAACGGGUGAAUAGACGGAUAGGAAGAUCCAACUGAAAAGAAAAAAACAAAAAAAGAAAGAAAGUUAUUAUUACCCCUUUUCACUUUUCGUAUAGAUUCUUCAAUAGCCGCACGAGAUCUCGGAGAAAUAGGUGGAGCAUGCAUGAUACUAUGGGUGAAAACUAAACGGCAAAAUAAAGGGGGGGAAACAAUACAACCCUAUUUAACAUUCCACAGAGGCUAGCUAACUUAUUGAGAUAAAAUAGAUGGUGAAAAAUAUGUGAAAAAAUAUAAAAAAAAUAUC